CCAGGAAGUGCGCGCGGUCCCGCCCUCGACCGCGGAAGUCCGCUCGGCUCCGCUCCAAUCCCGGAAGUGCGCGCGGCCCCGCCCCCGCCGGUUCGCGUCCCGUCGCUGCCGCCCGGGGACCGCUGUGCUCUCGACCCCUCCUCCUGUAGAGUGGUGCCGCCGUCCCCGGGAUGUACAUGCAGGUGGAGACCCGCACCAGCGCCCGCCUCCAUCUGAAGAGGGCUCCAGGCAUCCGGUCCUGGUCCCUGCUGGUUGGAAUCUCGUCGAUUGGCCUGGCUGCUGCCUACUACAGUGGAGAUACCCUGGGCUGGAAGCUCUUCUAUGUCACAGGCUGCCUGUUCGUGGCUGUGCAGAACUUGGAGGACUGGGAGGAAGCCGUCUUUGACAAGAGCACGGGGAAGGUUGUGUUGAAGACUUUCAGCCUCUAUAAGAAGCUGCUGACUCUCUUCAGAGCAGGCCAUGACCAGGUGGUGGUCCUGCUGCAGGAUGUGCGUGACGUGAGCGUGGAGGAGGAGAAGGUCCGGUACUUUGGGAAGGGCUACGUGGUGGUGCUCCGGCUUGCGACAGGCUUCUCCCACCCCCUCACCCAGAGCGCAGUCAUGGGUCACCGCAGUGACGUGGAGGCCAUUGCCAAGCUCAUCACCAGCUUCCUGGAGCUGCACUGCCUUGAGAGCCCCACGGAGAUGUCUCAGAGCAGUGACAGUGAGGCCGGCGACCCUGGGAGCCAGAGCUGACAGCCCCACUGUGCCCAUGCCUGAGCACCGCCCACAGAACCCUCGGCCUCGGCUGGCACCUCCAGCUGAGUCGGC